AUGGCACGUAUUGACAAUAAAAAAGUAGGAUUUGUUCAACAAGAAAAUGAAUCGAAUUAUCGAACAUUGAGAACUGCAUCUAUGGGGGAAAAAGAAGAACAUAUGAGUCGAUUAAGACGUUUAACAUCUGGUAGUCUUCGUUAUAAAAGUCGUGGUAAUCAAGUGCCAUCAAUAAAAACUGAUUUUAUUGAACCUGUACAUAAUAUGGAUCCAUUACAGACAUAUUUUAAUUCUGACACUGAAGUAAGUGAUUCAGCUGUACCUCGAAUACAUGAGAAUUCUUAUAUGAAUAAUAUACGCAGACCUAAGAGAUACAGACGUUCGUGUCGUUCUGCUUAUGAAACAACUAAUUAUUCUACUGCAUUAGGACCAUUAAGAGAAAAACACAAACUUAGUCCAUUGGAACGUAUAUUUUUAGAAGCUGUAGAACGAGGCGAUAAAUCUACCAUUAUCAGAUGUUUAUCAUUUUCAAAUGGGGUCAAUGUGAAUUGUGUGAAUAUGUUAGGUCGGACAGCAAUUCAAAUUGCAGUGGAUAAUGAAAACAUUGAAUUAGUUGAAUUACUUCUUGAACAACCUGGUAUAGAAAUUGGUGAUGCAAUACUGUAUGCUAUACAAGAGGGUGUUUAUCGAAUAGUUGAAAUGCUAAUUGAUCAUCCGUCAAUCACUAAAGAAAUGUUAGGCACUUCAUGGACAACACAAUGUAUUGGAAUCGGUAAGCAAGAAGAAGAGAGUCAUGACUUUUCUGCUGAUAUUUCUCCGGUUAUGUUGGCUGCAAUUUGUAAUCAGUUUGAAAUUCUACAAUUACUUAUCAAUCGUGGUGCCAGAAUAGAAGAACCGCAUAAAUCAUCAUGUUCCUGUGAACAUUGUCAUCGACUACUUACAGAUGAUCCACUAAAACACACACUUCAAAGGAUAAAUACAUACAGAGCGCUUGCCAGUCCAGCAUGGAUAUCACUAACAUCUCCUGACCCUAUACUGACUGCAUUUGAAUUAUCCUCAGAACUUCUUCACUUGGCAUCGCGUGAAAAUGAAUUUAAAGAAACAUUCUUAUCAUUAUGCGAACAGUGUAGAAAAUACGCAUGUGAUUUAUUGGAUCUUUGUCGUGGAACAGGGGAAGUUGUUGCCGUACUCAGUAAAGGAACUGAUAGCGAUGAAAGUUUAAGUGAUGUUAGCAGUGAUGAAUCAGACGAUCUACAAGUCGUUUCAAAAAAACACAAUUUAUUUCUACCUACAAAUCAUAUUUCUACACAAUACUACAGUCCAAAUCGACAACCGCAUCAAACAAACGUCGGUCAUUUAGAUUUAAUAAAUAAUAAUCAAUCUGAAAGUAAUCAAAAUUAUAUAAAUGAUGGAAAUGAUUGGCGUGAAUUAUUAGAUAGAACGUAUAUUUCUAAAAGACGACACCAUAGACGUUACACAGCAUGGAAUCAUCCUAGCUAUUCAUGUGCUAAGUUUAAUCAGGCUUUAAGUAUAGAAAGUACAAACAAUGGCUAUGAUGAUAUCACUAGCAACGAUAAUUUACAUCCUUCCACUAGUAAAAGUGAAAGAUUAUGUGAUUCAGAAAAUCAAUUACAUUAUAAAAACCAUUUGGAAAUCAUAAAUGUUAAAAAUAACUUAUAUUCACCGACUAGAUCAUCUUUAAAAUUAAGCCGUAAGAAUAUUUCUGAAUCAUUUGCAUACAAUAUUAAAAGAAACAAUAACAAUAGUAUGAAAACCAAUUCGAAAGAAAUGAUUUCCAAUGAAAGUUUACCAACAAUAUUCAACACAUUGGAACCAUGUUCAUCUAUAUUUUUAGAACGUAGAAGAAAUAGUUUCGAUUGGGAAUCUGCAACAUGUGGUUUUAAUCAACAAACUCAAUCGAAUACUAAUCUUAACAUGAUACAUUCAAAACAAGAAAUAAAUGAACAAAAUACGUUAAAUAAGUCAACUUAUUUAACAUGUUGUUGUUUCACUUCUUCCAAAUGCUGUAAAUGUUCAAAAUCAUCUGUUAAUAAUUUAAAUAAUAAUCGUUUAAAUAAUAAUAAUAAUAAAUCGUCCGAUUCACAAUUGAAAACUGUUGAACUAUCUGAUGUAGUUGUUGCUAGACAACAACGGAAAUUUUAUUCAUUUAAAUUAGAUCGUUUAAAACUAGCCAUUAAACAUGAACAGAAGAAAUUUUUGGUAUAUAAUAUAAAUAAUUGUCUUAUUUAA